AUGAAUGCUGUUAAUCUAAAUUUAGAAAGAGACAACUAUAAAGAUUUGUUGAAGAGUAUAAAAGAUGAAUCUAUGUAACUUGCUAUAAGACAUCAAAGUAAUUCAUAAUAUGUUAUGGAGAAAAAGAGGAAAUUAAAAAUGGAAUCUGAACAUACAGGAAAAUUAAGUAAUUAAAACUUUAAAAUAAUUUUAGCUCUUCCAAGUAUAGAAAACAGUACUUUAGAAGAUAUUUCAUCUCAUUUCCAUUCUAUACGUAAAAGUUAACCUGGAGAAUUUGUUGAAUUAAUAGCAAAUAAAUCUUAAUAAAAGUUUAUAUAGCAAAGUUUUCUUGAGUUAUAAAGAAAUAAAAUGUCUCAAACCUUUAGAGAUAUAAGUUUAAGUAAAAAGAAAUUUAAAUCCUUAUAACGUAAAGUUUUACAAUAAGAACCAAAUAGCUUAAAAUAUUUAGAAAAAUAGUUAGGAAUAAGAAAAGAAACAGAAAAACAAACAUUGCCAAUUAUUUAAAGAUUAUAAUAAAAAAAAAGAAAACCUAUAGAAGAAGAAAUCGAAUAAGAAUAACCAACUGUUUCAUUUUUUGAAGAGACUUUGAAAUCAUAUUCAUAUGCUGUACCUAGAAGAAGGGAGUCUGCUUAAAUAGGAAUAAUUAGAGAUAGAAUGUAUGUAUUUGGAGGUAUGAGUGGAGGAGGUAUAACAAAUGAAAUUUGGUGGUUCGAUUUAAGUAUAUAUUGAAAUAUAAAAAUAGAAAAGCAAGAAUGGAAUAAUUAUUGUUCAAAUGUUUAACUAUUUAUAACUAGUCAUUCAAUGAUAGUUUGGAAGUAAUUUUUAGUUUUAUUUGGAGGAUCAGGCUAUUAUGAUCAUAAAAUGAAAAUUAGGUAAGUUUAUUCUACUAUAGGAUUAUUUAAUACAAUAACUAAUUAAUGGACAACUUCAUUAGAAUCAGUGGAACCUAGAAGAGAACACAAAGCAUCAGUCCUUUUUGGAAAACUUAUGGUUAUUACUGGUGGAUUAGAUGCAGCAGAGAAAUUACUCAAUGAUACUUUAAUAUAUUCUUUGGAAUCUAAGAGAUGGACUGGUUAAAAAUUGCUAUUUGAAGAAGGUAUUGCUUAACAUGCUCAAUGUACUGUAUACGACAGUAGGAGAAAUAUUGAAACUGUUUAUAUUUUUGGUGGAUAAACUGCUACAUUAAAUUCAUUUCCUUUAAUGAAGAUGGUAUUUUAUGGACUUCAUCCAGUUGGUUGGGAGAAAGUACAAUAUUCUGGUUAAGCACCAGAAGGCAGAUAUAAUCACACGAUGGAAAAUAUUGGUGAUUAUAUAAUUUUGAUAGGUGGCAGAUCUUAAGAAAAAAUGGAAUAUUAAAAUGAAAUUUUUAUUUUUAAUCUUUAAAACAAUUUUUGGAUUAUAGCUUAAAGAUAAGGAUUAUAAACAAAAAGAUGGAGUCAUUCUAGUUGUGUUUAUGGAAGCAAUAUUCUAUGUUUUGGAGGAAUAGGUGAAAAUACAUAUUUACCUCCUCAUAUUUAUUAAAUAGAAACUGAUAGUUACAAAAUCAGAGGAAAAAUUGGUAUAAUUAAACCAUUAGCUACAAUAAACGAGGAAAUCUUUAACAACAGCCCUCCUCCUAUGAUAACAAACAGAGAUUAGGAAUAAGAUUCUAAGAAAAUUUGUAGAUUAGAGAAAUUCAGAAAAGCAAGAAAAAUGUAUGAACAAAUCACAACCUAUUUACCAUUGCCUAAAUUGAAAACACCAAAAAUGAGAUAUGAUAUCUUAAUUCAUUUUGUUAAGAUUGUAAUGAAAUAAAUUGGUUAUAUAUGA